AUGCUUCGAAGAGUGAGCGGGGGACCCUUGGGUUACUGGUUUGGCGUAGGACGUUCAAGGUCUUUUGGAAGUUUUGCAGCCUCAUCUUCGAAGAAAAAAGAAGAAUGGCCACUGGGGAAGCCCACAUUUAAUCAUCUUUCACCCAGUGAGCGUACCCAAAUCAAUCGCACGGAACUUUCAUUUCCAGCCAAGGCAAGCAACUUGUAUCUUCAAGAUCGCGAAUUCAAAGGAGUUUUUGAUGACACCUUACAAUGGGUGUUCGAUAAUAAAUUAAAAGCGUUCGAGAAAGAUGCAUCGAAGGCCAAGCAGUACGCAUGGCUCAAACUACGGGAACAUGUUUACAAGCAGUUGAGAGAUCGCAGUCUUGAAGAAAAAAUUGCGAACUACAAAGUUUGUCUUUCAGAAAUGCUGUAUCCCACUAGACCAGAUUUGCUGGUACCGCAGCUGAUUAACUGCACUAAAAUUCCGGAAAGUCAGUGGAAAGCCAUACUGGAGACAAAUUCGGUUUCCUCGCAUACGAUAUUCCAACACAUAGUUGGGAAAAUGUUUGAUUUCGUUUACGAACAACAAAUUCUUCCGGUAGUAACACCAGUAAAAUCGAGCACCACCAGUGAGCGAGACAUAGACAUUUCAAAUCCAGCAGAGUGGUUUCCUGAGGCGCGAAAAUGGAGAAGGAACAUUGUAAUGCAUAUUGGGCCCACUAACUCGGGGAAAACAUACAAAGCUUUACAAAGAUUGAAGCAAUGUGGUAGAGGCUACUAUGCAGGCCCUUUGCGGCUCUUGGCCCGCGAAGUAUUCGAGCGAUUUAAAAACGAGGGAAUAAGGUGCAACUUGCUUACAGGCGAAGAAGUAAUAGAAGAUCUGGAUGAGAUGGGUAAUCCGGCGGGCUUGACUUCAGGGACAAUAGAAAUGGUACCACUAUCUCAAAAAUUCGACGUGGUUGUUUUAGACGAAAUUCAAAUGAUGGGGGACUCUGAUCGUGGAUGGGCUUGGACAAACGCGCUUCUUGGUGCACGAGCUCGCGAAAUCCAUGUAUGUGGUGAAAAGAGCACUUUACCACUCAUUGAAAAGAUAGUAAAGAUGACGGGCGACAGAUUAAUUAUAAAUGAAUACGAAAGGUUAGGAAAAUUAGAGGUCACAGAUACAGCCUUACUGAACGGGUUUCGGGAUCUAAAGAAGGGAGACUGUGUGAUCGCCUUUUCCAAGAAAAAAAUAUUAGACCUGAAACUUAAGAUCGAAAGCCAGACCGAUCUCAAAGUCGCAGUGGUUUACGGCUCGUUGCCCCCAGAAACAAGAAUUCAACAAGCGAAUAAAUUUAAUUCUGGUGAAUACGACGUUUUGGUGGCUUCCGAUGCAGUCGGGAUGGGUCUUAAUUUGUCUAUCGAAAGAGUCAUUUUUACGACGCACUUGAAAUUCAAUGGUCAAGAAAUGGUCAAACUCACUUCUUCCAAUGUCAAGCAAAUUGGAGGAAGGGCAGGUCGCUUUCGUUCCUUGCUUAAUACCACAGGUGCAAAAAGCGCUUCCAUCGGGCUCGUAACUGCGGUGGAUCCCGAUGUUCUAACUGCUGUCCGCCAAGGUAUCCAUUCUCCUAUAGAAUAUCUGCGAUCAGCGACUGUGUGGCCUCCGGACGAAAUAUGCGGUAAACUCAUGACCCACAGUCCCGCGGGCACCCAAGUCUCAACUUUGCUUGAGGCCCUGGCACAGGAUGUCGAGAAUCGGUCUGCAAAACUCUUCCAAUUGAGUGACUUGAAAAAUCGUUUGCAAAACAUCUCGCUCUUCGAGCAUAUCGAGGGGAUUCCCUUUUUCGAAAAACUGCGUUUGAGUAAUGCGCCCGUUAAGGACAUGCCAAUGGUCAAAUCCGCUUUUGUUCAAUUCUGUAAGACCAUAGCCCAGCGUCAAACCCGCUCAUUACUCAGUUACCCAUUUCCUUUCAACAUUUUGAACCUGUCCUGCAUAUUAGAUGAAAAGCUCACGCUUGAAUAUUAUGAAUCGCUUCACAAUAUCAUAAUGUUGUUUUUCUGGUUGAGCAAUAGGUAUCCGCAUUAUUUCAUUGACCAAACCAGCGCUCGAGAAAUGAAAAACGUCUGCGAGCUCAUAAUUUUCGAGAAACUAGAUCAUCUGAAGAGAAACCCAUACGCCAAACGUAGCCAACUUUCGACUACGAAUUUUUCACGUCUUUUGAAUAAGCCAAUCGGUCAGCGAGGGAAAAUGUCCUAA